AUGGCUGGUGGCUUCCGUUCCAACGCCGCCUUAUCGCUACCCUACGCCACCGGUAUCACCAUCACCGCUGCUGGCGCCGCCGCCGCCUUCCUCUAUUUACUCGCCACCACAUCCGACAAUGCCGCCGCCAACGGCCGGAAAAAUAAUGACCACAGGAGAAAUGUCAUCCCAUCCCCGCGCACCACCCUCCUGCCGCAGCUCUCGGCCGCCGAGCAGCACGAUCUGCCCUACCCACCGGACGGCCUGCUGCCGGGAGCGCGCGAUGUCGAUUCGCCGUACGGCAGUGUGCGCGUCUAUGAGUGGGGGCCGGAGGAUGGCGCGAAGGUGUUGCUGGUGCACGGCAUCAGCACGCCGUGUAUAGCACUCGCAGCUGUCGCUGAGGAGCUGGUGAAGAGUGGGAGGAGGGUGAUGCUUUUUGACCUCUUCGGCCGCGGCUUCUCCGACAGCCCCACCGGCCUCCCCUACGACGCACGCCUCUACACGACGCAAAUCCUCCUCGCCCUCGCCUCCUCCCCGCUCUCCUGGACCGGCUCGGCCAGCCAAUCUUUCUCCAUCGUCGGCUACAGCCUGGGCGGCGGCAUCGCCGCCGACUUCGCCUCGUACUUCUACCCACGCCUCGUCUCUUCCCUCGUCCUCAUCGCGCCGGGGGGCGUCAUGCGCCGCGAGCGCGUCAGCUGGAAGAGCUGGUGGCUGUACGACGUGUGCCCCCUACUAAUGCCGCAAGGUCUGUUGCGGAGGCUGGUUGGGCGGAGGUUGUAUACGCCGGUCGGUGGUGAUGAUGAUGAUGAUGCCGCUGCCGCCUCUACGACGGCCGCCGCUGCGGAUGUUGGGAACGCGGCGCAGGCGGAGGCGGGUCAGGUGGUGGCGGUGCAGCAGGGACGCGGAAGGAGCAGGAGAGAUAGUAUGCUCUCGCAUCCAGCGCCGUUGCUCGGCGCUGACAGGCCGCACGUCACGGCUGCGGGCGCAGUGAACUGGCAGCUGGCGCAUCAUCGGGGGUUCGUCGUGCCGGCAUUUGUGAGCAGCAUGCGGUGUGCGCCCAUCUACGGGCAGCAGGAGAGGUGGCGGGUGGUGGGGGAGAAGGUGGAGGCGGAGAGGGUGGCAGCGGUGGAGAAAGGGGAGAGGGAGAGGAGGAAGGGAGUGUUGUUGCUGCUCGGAAAGGAUGAUCCGAUUGUGUUGGUGGAUGAGGUGGGGAGGGAUGCGGUUGAUGCGCUUGGUGGAGAGGAUAAUGUGAUGACGGUGGUGUUGGAGGCGGGGCAUGAGCUUCCGAUGAGUAAGCCGAAGGAGGUUGUGAGGGCGAUGGUGGAGUUUUGGGAGGGUGCGGUGUAA